AGCACGUCGGCGCUCCCGCGGGCAGAGCCGCGAAGUUCUCGGGCGGCGCCCGGAGCCGAGGCCGCGGCUCUCGGGUACCUGCUCCGCUUCGCGCUGCAUCUGAGGAGCUGCCGCCACGGCACAGUUGCGUCUCCAUCUGGCCGCCAAGCCGCCCGAGCUUUCCUCUCCUCCAUCACCGCCACCUUCCUCCCCCCCCUCCUCCCCCUCCUCUCCGUCUUCCCUCUCCACCCCCGCCCCCAAUCUCCUCCUCUUUUUCUCACUACAAGCGGUUGCCGAUGCUGAAGCCGAGCGUCACUUCGGCUCCCACGGCAGACAUGGCGACACUGACAGUGGUCCAGCCGCUUACUCUGGACAGAGAUGUUGCAAGAGCAAUUGAAUUGCUGGAAAAACUACAAGAAUCUGGAGAAGUACCAGUGCACAAGCUACAAUCCCUCAAAAAAGUGCUUCAGAGUGAGUUUUGCACAGCUAUUCGAGAGGUAUAUCAAUAUAUGCAUGAAACGAUAACUGUUAACGGCUGUCCUGAAUUCCGUGCGAGGGCCACAGCAAAGGCAACAGUUGCAGCUUUUGCAGCUAGUGAAGGCCACUCCCACCCUCGGGUAGUCGAACUGCCAAAGACUGAUGAAGGCCUUGGUUUUAACGUGAUGGGAGGAAAGGAGCAAAAUUCCCCCAUUUAUAUCUCACGCAUCAUCCCUGGAGGGGUGGCUGAAAGACACGGAGGCCUCAAAAGAGGAGACCAGCUGCUGUCAGUGAACGGAGUGAGUGUGGAAGGAGAACACCACGAGAAAGCUGUGGAACUACUCAAAGCUGCUAAGGACAGUGUCAAGCUGGUGGUCCGAUACACCCCAAAAGUCCUAGAAGAAAUGGAGGCUCGCUUUGAAAAGCUACGAACAGCCCGGCGUCGGCAGCAGCAGCAAUUGCUAAUUCAGCAGCAGCAACAGCAGCAGCAGCAACAAACACAACAAAACCACAUGUCAUAGGCCCUUGAGGGAAAGCUACUUGAUCAAACAUCUGAUAGUCACAAAUUUGAAACCGUGCUUCAGAAUCCCAGCACAUAGUAAAAGGAAAAGACAACACUGAUAAUUAUACCUGUCAAGAAGCUGUGAACACGUGGUACAUAAAUUCUUUAGCAAGGCAACUCGACACUGUCUUUCUCUGGGCUUGAACCCCCACUGCUCACAUGCGUGCUCCUUACACACAUAGACCUUCCAUUCACUGCCGUGGGAAUUCUCAGUGUGUAGAGGGAGUGGUUUUACAGUCUGCAGACUGAAACAGUAUAAGAAGAAUAAAGUCUGUGACUUUGGAAUAAAUCACCAGGGCCAGGAUUAAGUGAUCUUUGGUCCAUAGCUUUUCCAGAGAUUAGCAAACCCCUCAUUAGGCUAUAAUUCAAACUGCAUCAGUUCAAGGUUGUUGCCACUUGAAAGAAACCUACACAUUGCACCUCCCCCUGACCGGUUCCACAAUCCAUAUUGCUGAGUUGUCUGAAUUGGAAUUCCAGUUCAUUGCAAAUUCAACCUCUAUUCUCCUCUUGAAAAUGGCAAGUUAUUAUACAAUAUUUAUACUCUCUUCAGGUUCUACAGGCAAUUGGCUUUUUAUUUUGUCCCCAUGAACUUUAUUAUGCAUUAAUAGAGUGGGGCAAUUUUAGCUCAACUUGUAGUUUGCUAGAAGCAAGAAUAGGAACUCUAGUAUUGUAUUUUUUUAAUUUAAGUAUUGCUUGUAUCUAUUAUUAUUAAUUAUAACAAAAUAUAAUGUAUAUUUAUUCCACAAAAUACAUAUUAUCAGAGUGCAUUGGUUACAAUUUAGGUUCUUUUCUUACCAAGUGUUUUGAAUCUGGUAAGAGAAUACUAGCAAAGGACCUAGCUUCAUGAACUGAUCCUCAUAUGGUAUCUAUAAGCCCACUUUCAAUAUUUUGCUGUUAAGUUUUAUAUUUUUUGAUUGACAAACCCUGGAGAAAUCUAAACUACCAACACUGAUGUGCUGUCAUAGAAGUCUAUUUGAUAUUUUAAAGCUUAGGGCUUUAUGAAACUAAAUUAUAAUAUAUGUGCAUAUAUAUUCAAAUAUAUAUGUCACACAAAGUUUAGGUCACUUUCCCAAAUAUAAACUGGAUUUUGGGGAUAUUAUUCCUCUUAAAAUUGGCCAUAUGGAAACCAGUAAUAUCAGUAUUAUGAAUAACUGAUGCUGCUUCCUCUAGACGGAGAAGACACCUACUUUGUUACAUAUAUUCCUUUAGGUAAAUAGACAAUGCAUAUAAUCUUUUGGAAAGUAUCAUUCACUGAAAAAUGAUUUGUUAGAGCCACCUAAACAGAUCAUAAUUUUUGACUUAUGGUAAAUGGAGACACCUAAGUCUGAUUUUACUUUAUGGAUUGAACAGGAAGCAAUAAUUAUUUGGGUACUUAAUACCGUAAGCACAAAAAUGUACCUGAAGAAAAGAAUAAUUGCCUGGUUGAAAUGUUCUAAACAGAUCAUGAAAACUGAGGCAAAUAUUUGAAUAUCCCCUUUUCUUAAAUAUAGAAAUCGAGUCCCCAAAAUGUUCCCCAAGAAUAAAUUUGAUAUUUCAGAUAGUCCCCCAAAACAGAAAUUUAUGAAGCUCAGUUUAAAAACUGUCUUCUUGAAAAUAAAACCAAACUGAUCACAACUGCCCCGCAUGUUUUAUGUUGCCCCGUUGGAUGGUAUUAUUGUCAAUACCAAGUUCUCCCUGCUCUUCAUAGUGUAUCACUCACUAGAGGACAAACAGCAAAGAGACUAGAAGGCAUCCUAAUUUCAACCACGUCCUGCUGUGUAACAGAUUCCCAUCCUUGACUACAUAUCAUUUUUUUACCAGAGAGAACUGGGGCAGGGAGUAGGGACAGUGAGGACCCUGAAUGUUAUGUAAAAUAGAUUUACAAAAGAGACAAGCAUGAUGAAAGGGAAUGAAUGGAGACUGUGAGUAUUAUUCAGUUUGAAAGAGUUCACAUUUUUAUAAGGAAAAUUUAAUAAAACAUAUAUUUUAGUUAUCAUUUAACAAAGAAAUAAUAAAGCUAUUCAGACAAUGCCACAAGACACUCUUAAAGGGAAAUCAUUGCACGCUUGUAAUGAGAAACUGGUCAUUUCAACACAUUUCCAUACAUUGUAUAAAUUUAGAGCUUAAGGUGAGUAUGUUUUCACUUAGCCAUAAGUGUUCGGUUAAUAUUAAAGUUAUCAUAUGGUUUCAUUUCAAUACAAAUAUUGUCAUGGUGUUAUAAAAGCAACUGUCAAAUGAGCAGAUAGUUUACAUUUGUGUUUUCUAGAAGUCUUUGUAUUUUAUGCUGCAUUUGCAUAGCGUUAAAUACUGAUAAAUGUAUGCCAGGUUGUUUGUCAAAAUGAAGGUGCAAUCCAUCACACCUGCUGCAUUUAAGGACAGAUUAUAUGUCACAGUGGUCCUACACACAAAUGGCCAAUUUCCUUCAGUAAAAUCUAGUUGGUUGAAAUUUAAGCCUUUCUCCAAAGUGUUAAUCAAAAAUAGCCAUCCCUAAGGCUUAGCGAGGAAGCUUGUGGUUCUCUUAAGUUUCACUGAAGCCAGAAGGAAAGGGAAAAAUUUAGCACAACCUGUACUAAUGCUUUUUAUUUUUGAUCAUCAUAUUAGAGCCACUGACAUGUCCCAAGUCAUAUUGAAAUAAAUACAUAUCAGGUUGCUUCUACAUGAAGCUCAAUCUUCAAUUUAAUAAGCCAAUUAGGCAUUAAAAGAGGAAAAAAGUGUGAUCUUUGCCAGCAAUCCUGGUGACUUUUAGUUCUUUCCCUUGGUCAGGUAAGUGGCCAGUGGGACAGAUUUUCUAAGCUUUUUCCUGCUAUGAUUUUGAAGACAAAUACACAAAGCAUAGUUCAGGAAAAGAUUUCCAAACCUUUUCACUGGAGCAUUUACAUUUUGAUUCUGUUGCCAUUUGAAAUAGAACAUCUGCAGGGAGAUAAUGAGUUUAAAUUACAAUUGACUUUGGAAAGAAUAACAGACUUUUGUGCUUCCUCAAUCGUAUAAUCAAUAGGGAAUUCUCUAGUUAUGUGAACAACUACAAUCUUUUAAGACAAUGCUACGAUCUAAAUGCAAAAUCCAGCAUGCAGGGGCUUUUUAAGGAUUUGAAGCUGUCUCCAGAAGAACUUGGCUAGAGAUGGAUUACACCAAUUUACAAAUGUAGUCUUCAACUGUGACAUCAAACUGAUCUUAUCUCAUUUCCUUUUACUCAGCUGUGCCUGUAGGACUCCAAGAUGUGGAGUAUUUUGUCCACAUUAUUUUAUACAUCUAUAGAUAUUUGUGAAUGUGUGAAUAAUGUCUGAAUUUCUCAUCUUUUAGUUAGUUUUUGUUUACCAUACAGACACAGCCUGUUAGUAAGAUCAGCUUUAGACAACAUCCUGAAAUAGAAAUCAAUACCCUGAAGAUUCAGGGAGGCCAACACAGAACAAGACCUUCCAAAACACGGGGUGAUCUUAACCAUCUGAUCCCUGUCUAGACUGCAAACUCCACGAGAGAAAGGGUUGUGACUGCCUUGAUGACUGCCUGGCACAGUGUAGGUACUCAAUUAACAUUUGUUGAGUGAAUAAAUCAUUGACUCAGUGAAGAGACAAAUAAAUGGAUUUUGCCUUCUGAAAAUUUCACAGAUUUUACCAGCUUAUAUCAUACUAAUUGACGCUAUAAUUUCUAAAAUUCAUAGUUAAAACCAAAAUUGACUUCAUAAGAACUUUUUAGAUGUGUGAAUUUGGAAUCUAAUGACUUUAAAGGCAUCAAAGAUUUGAGGACAUUUGAACAGUGGAUAAGCAACAAUGUUUGGGGAUUCGGAGUUUUUACAAUGAAUGUUUGAAACCCAACCUUUCUAGUUCUUUGUGAAAGCUCCUGGAAUUAUUUGGCAGGAAUGAUUCAAACAUAGAACUCCAUUUUUAAAUUUUAUAAAAGAUUAUGUUUUAGUUUUUAGAAAAGAAGAAAAGUCCCAUCAUCAAGCAUAUUAUUAAUAUCCUCUCCAGUAUUAACAACUUUUUUCUAAGGAGCUCAUAGUAAUUAAAGCCACCAUCCCUAAAUCUCCUACUUUUAAAAGAUCAUUUCUUUUUUCACUUUUGAAAAAGAAUGUACUGACCUAAAAUUUAAUCACAUACCUAUUCAGAAUUUUCCAUGUGUUUAUUCAUUUAAGAAAUAUUUAUUGUAUACCUAGUGCAUGCUAGGUUCUAGAAAUGCAACAGCAAACGAGACAGACAUAGUCCCUUCCUGGAGCUUACUGUGAGGAACUCCUGAAUGCUUACUCCAACAAUAACAAGAGUUUAUGAUCCAUUGGGUCCCCUCCGCACCUGACAGAAGAAACAAAAUCGCCUUAUGGAAAUCAGGAAAUACUCCCUGCACAGAUUUAUGUGAGCUUGAUUUUCUAAACACACCACUCACAAGCACUGCUUAGUUUAUUUAUAAACCACAGCUGUACCCCAGUGAGGUAGGUAAGUAAUCAUUUAUGCAUAACCAACACUUAUUCAGCUCUUACUAUUUUCUAGCUACUGUGCUCAGUGCUUUCAUGGACUAUCUCAUUAAAUCCUUUCAACAACUCUAAUCAUUAGGUUCCAUUUUAUAGACAAGAAAACUGAAGCACAGAUCUAUUAUGUGACUUGUCCAAAGUCACACAGCUGGCAGGUGGAACUGGGAUUUGAACCCAUGCAGUCUGACACAAGAGCUCAUGUGUCUAAUCAUCAUCUGUGGUUGGGGGGGGACACCAUUACAUUAAAAUGAAUGAGUCAUUAAAUGAGUCACUGUAUAUAAAAGUACUUUGAAAUUGUAAAGUAGUAUACAAAAAAGAUGUCAGUAAAGUAUUACUCAUGCUCAACAAAUCACAUCAGUGGCAAAAACAGGGUGAGAACUCAAUCUUAUGUUACAGCAGACUCUCAUGCAGAAUAAGCCAGAGACAUGGAUAAAAAGUACAGACCAGAAAAUGUCUGACGUGUGAUAAAUAUUUCGGUGACUUUUCAGAAUUACUUCUUGUUAGCCACUGUGUCUAUUUGGUGCUACAAAACCUGAAAGAAACAAAAAUCCCUGCUGUAAGGGCUUAUAAUAAAUACACAGUGCAGAGAUGAACCAAGGAUGUUUCACAUUUAUGAAGAAGGAUUGGGAAAUAGUACCAUUUUCUCACCAUUUGCAUGUGCAUCAUGUCUUUCCAAUUGUUUUCAUUAUUUUUCUGAAAGAGCUGCAAAAUUGUGCAGUGGUUCAACCUGACCAAAGUGGUAUUACGCUGCUGGGAAGUAAAAGUAUUAGACACCA